CCCCUUAAAGGAGACGCGCCCCCAAUUCCUCCCCCAGCCUGGGGGUGGCGGCGUGGCGGCGCGUGGAGGGGGAUCUCCCACGGGUGAGCACGGGUAGAGCUCGGGGAGGGACGUAGCGUGUCCUGUGCUUCACUGGGGGGCGUUGGAAGCCUGCAGGGUGCAGCGGGAAACCUAUAGGGCACAGCGGGAGGCCUGCAGGGUACAGAAGAAGUCUUAUAGGGCACAGAGGAAGUGACGUCAUCACGGCGCGCAGCCGUGUUCCGCUCCGCCGGAGCCGCUCUGCGCUGCCCGCUCUAUGGUCCGAAGUCCUCCGAGCUGAGUCGCGGCGCCGUGCGUCCGCCGGGUGGCGGUAGCGAGCACUGCGCAUGCGCAGUUCUUGCCUCAGUUUCCCCAAGCGACCCCCCCCCCCGGGGUGGGCUCUGCCCUCAUCCCGCUGCCCUCCCCGCUCCCCUUAGGGGACCCCUACCUGUAAUUAGCUCUCAAUUAAUGACCCUCUGGGUGCUGCUGGGGCUGCCAUGGGAGGACAUGGAAACCUGGGGGGCUCUGUGCUGCCUCCCCUGCAUCCCCUCUGUCCCCCUGCCCUGCCCUGAGGGGACACCUGGAGGUCCCCAUGUCCUCAUGUCCCCACGUCCCCCUGUCCCCGGGUCACUCUGUGGCACUUUUGUGCCACAAAGAAAAAGAGACACACAGAGAAAGAGGAGAAAAGCAGUGCCCGUGUCACCAAACCUAUGGGGAGGGGGCAGCGCGGGGUGGGCAUGGAGCCACCCGUGUUCCUUCCACCACCAGUGUCCCUGUGUCACCAUGUCCCCUCUGUCACCAUCUCCCGCUCUCCCACCUGACGCCGAUGCUUUAAUCCCAGAAAAUGGAUCUUUUGCCCCAGUGUGGCACGCAGAGGGGGUUUGUGGGGCUGGGGGGUAGGGGGGGUGAAGUGUGCACAUAUGUAUGCACGUGUAUGCACGUGUGUGUGUGUGCACAUGUGUGUGCCGUGCCCUGGCCGUGCACUUUCCCGCUGCCGCCGGGAGAGGUCAGCAGAGCUGCAGGCAGCGGAGCUGGGGGGGUGGGGGAAGGGUGUGAGGGUGUGCACGCCCAUGCUUGCACAAUUUGCACGCACAGAGCCGUGCGUGCGCAGCACCGCUGCCUGCCCAGCUCGGUGCGUCCCUCCUUGCACAGCUCCACACACAUGCCACACCACGCACACGCACCGUCCGUGCACGCUGCUCAGUGUCCCAGUGGCACGGAGCGAGGGGGGGGGGACGACAGAAGGGGGACAUUGUGGCGCGGGGUGCAAGCUGCUGGCUGCAAGCCGGGCAUCCGUAAGCUGCCGUGCCCAUAAGCCGCCACGGCGAUAAGCUGCUCUGCCCCUAAGCCCCCGCUCUGUCAGCCCAGGGCGGGGGGGCACAAGGUGCUGCACUGUCCCCAAGCUGCAGUGUCCCCAAGGUGCAGUGUCCCCAAGGUGCAGUGUCCCCAAGGUGCAGUGUCCCCGAGGUGCACUGUCCCGGUGCAGCCAUGUGGGCUGUGCUGCUGCUGCUGCUGCCGCCGUGCCUGGGCCUGCUGCUGCUGCUGCUGCUGGCACAGCGCCUGCUGGGCCCCGCCGGGAACCCCUUCAGCCGCCCACCCCCCGGCCCCCCCCGGCCGCUGGUGACGGACCCACGUGCCCGCGACAGGGUGCUGAGACGGGGGUUCAGCGCUGCACGCGUGCCGCAGGACCUGGAUGCUGUGGUCAUCGGCAGCGGCAUCGGGGGCUUGGCAGCUGCGUGCACCCUGGCCAAGGUGGGCAAGCGUGUGCUGGUGCUGGAGCAACACGACCAGGCUGGGGGCUGCUGCCACACUUUCCAGGAGCGGGGCAGUGAGUUCGACGUGGGCAUCCACUACGUGGGGCAGAUGCACGAGGGCAGCAUGCUGCGCGUGGUGCUGGACCAGCUGACGGACGGGCAGCUGUGCUGGCAGCGCCUGCCCGACCCCUAUGACGAGGUGGCCCUGGGUCCACGCCGCUACCAGCUCCGUGCUGGCAAGGCUGCCUUCGUUGCUGCGCUGGAGGAGCAGUUCCCCGCGGAAAAGGCAGCGAUCCGGGAGUUCAUGAGGCUGUCCAAGCUGGCCUCCCGGCACGUGGCGUUGCUGGCGCUGCUGAAGAUGGUGCCGCGGUGGCUGGCGGCCGCGCUGGUGCGCACCGGCCUGGUGCACUGGGUGUCACCCGUCUUCCGCAUGGCGGCCACCAGCCACAGCGAGGCCGUGGCCCGGCUGACGGCCGACCAGGACCUGCGCGCCCUGCUCAGCUACCUCUUCUAUGGCACGGCGCCGCGGGACUCCAGCUUCCUGGUGAACGUGCUGAUGGUGCACCACUACCAGCGCGGCGCCUGGUACCCGCGGGGGGGGGCCAGCGAGAUCGCCUUCCACGCCGUGCCCCUCAUCGAGCGCGCCGGGGGGGCCGUGCUGGUGCGCGCUCCCGUCACCCGCGUCCUCGUCGACUCCGGCGGCACCGCCGUGGGGGUGGCCGUGCAGAAGGGCAGCGAGGAGGAGGAGGUGGAGAUCCGGGCGCGCGUCGUCAUCUCCGAUGCUGGGAUCUUCAACACCUUUGGCAAGCUGCUGCCUGCCCCGCUGCGCAUCCACCCCGCCAUCCGCUCCCGCCUGGACAUGGUGCAGCACGGGAUGGGCUCCUUCCUGGUGUUCGUGGGGCUGCGGGGCAGUGCGGCUGAGCUGGACCUGCCCGCCACCAACUUCUGGAUCUACCCCCACAACGACCUGGACACCAUGAUGAGCCAGUAUGCCGCCCUGAGCCGCGAGGACGUCCCUGAGAACCUGGCCAUGAUGUUCAUCACCUUCCCUGCUGCCAAGGACCCCACCUACGAGGAGCGGCAUCCAGGCCGCUCGUGCAUGACCAUCCUGACCAUGGCGCGCUACGAGUGGUUCGAGGAGUGGGCCGGCACGCGGGCCAAGCACCGCGGGGACGACUACGUGCGCUACAAGGCGGCCAUCGCCCAGCGCCUCCUGGAACGCGCGCUGCAGCGCUUCCCCCGGCUCCGCGACAAGGUGGAGUUCGUGGAGGCGGCGUCGCCGCUGACCAACGCUCAUUACCUGGCGGCGCCGCGCGGGGAGAUGUACGGCACCGAGCACGACCUGCGGCGCUUCAGCCCGGCCGUGGUGGCGGCCAUGAGGGCGGACACCCCCGUAAGGAACCUCUACCUGACGGGGCAGGACGUGUUCAGCUGCGGGCUGGCGGGGGCGGUGCACGGGGCGCUGCUCUGCGCCUCGGCUGUGCUGGGCCGCGUGCUGUACCUGGACCUGCUGCGGCUCAAGAGGAAGGUCAAGGCGGCAGCGCGCGGCGUGGGCACGGGGACUGCCCCACAAUAACCACGAAGCGACCCGCUGUGGGGCUG